AUGAUAAUGAAGCUGAUUCUCAUGUUAACGUUUUCUUUUAUCAUCUCAGUUAUUAGAUCUGAGACUCAUAUAGAGAGUUUUUCUCUUCUGGAUAUGCUGGAAAACGAUGUCGUUUCAGGUCAAGUGUCUUCUUCCCAACCUCAACCUCUCUUGGUUCCACUCACUCUUAUUCAAGGAGCUGAUUCUAAAGGAGCAGUAUGUUUGGAUGGAACAUUACCUGGUUACCACUUCCAUCCUGGAUCUGGAUCUGGUGCAAAUAAUUGGCUAGUUAAUUUAGAGGGAGGAGGAUGGUGUAACAACAUCAGAAGUUGUGUGUUUAGAAAAACUACUCGUCGCGGUUCCACGAAAUACAUGGAAAAGCAAAUCCCAUUCACAGGGAUAUUGAGCAAUAAAGCUGAAGAAAAUCCUGAUUUCUUUAACUGGAAUAGAGUCAAAGUGCGGUAUUGCGAUGGUGCAUCUUUCGCUGGAGACAGUCAGAAUGAGGCUGCAAACCUUCAAUUUAGAGGACAAAAAAUAUGGCAAGCUGCAAUAGAGGAAUUAAUGUCUAAAGGAAUGAAGAACGCGAAACAGGCUCUUCUGUCUGGAUGUUCUGCGGGCGGUCUGGCAACUAUAAUACAUUGUGACGAAUUCGGAAGCUUGUUUCAAAAAUCUACCAAAGUGAAAUGUUUGAGUGAUGCAGGGUUUUUUCUUGACGCAACUGAUGUAUCUGGUGGACGCACGUUGAGGAAAAUGUUCGGAGGCGUUGUUAGCUUACAGGAAGUGCAAAAGAAUCUGCCAAACAGUUGUCUAGACCACCUCGAUCCAACUUCGUGCUUCUUUCCCGAAAACUUGAUCGAUCAUAUUCAAACUCCGUUGUUUCUGCUGAACGCAGCUUAUGACGGAUGGCAGUUGUAUGAAAGCUUAACCCCGUCUACAGCCGAUCCACAUGGUUAUUGGAAUGCUUGUAAAUUGAAUCAGACGAAAUGUAACUCGACCCAAAUUGAGUUCCUCCAAAAAUUCAGGAAUCAAAUGCUGAAUGAUAUAAAAGGCUUCUCAACGACAUCUCAAUCGGGAUUAUACAUAAACUCUUGUUUUACGCAUUGUCAAUCCGAGAGACAAGAUACAUGGUUUGCUAGUGACUCUCCGCUCCUUAACAACACGCGGAUUGCGAAUGCAGUUGGAAAUUGGUUUUCCGAUCGUCAAGUUGUUAAAGCUAUUGACUGUCCUUAUCCUUGUGACAAAACCUGCCAUAGUCUGUUCACCAAGCGAUCAUUGUGA